UCUCUCAUAUCAGGAACUAACCUACCUGCCUUGCUCACUUUAUUCUUCUUCUCCUCUUAAUGCAAUUGUAAAGCCUCACUAGUUCAAAAGUGAGGUUCCCUAUAAGAUUUCCUUGGCCAUCUUCUCCUCCACAAUCUUCUCUAAAACUGUGUUCAACACUGGGGACAAAAGAAAAGAAAGAGAGAGGGAAAGAGAAACAAAGAACAUGGCAAAAGACAUGAGUAUUUUGGUUUGCCUGCUGCUGAUGGCCAUGGAUAUUGUAGCUGGAAUACUUGGGAUUGAAGCUGAAAUAGCACAGAACAAAGUGAAGCAUUUAAAGAUGUGGAUUUUUGAGUGUAGAGAUCCAAGCUAUCAAGCUUUCAAGCUUGGUUUAGCAGCAGCAGUGAUUUUAGCCCUUGCCCAUAUUCUUGCAAACUUGAUUGGUGGGUGCAUAUGCAUGUGGUCUAGGGAUGAUUUUGCAAAGGCAUCUGCCAAUAAGCAAUUAGCUGUUACCUCCCUAAUCUUCUCAUGGAUUAUAUUGGCAGUUGGAUUCUCAAUGUUGAUCACAGGAACAUUGGCAAACUCAAGAUCAAGGAAAUCUUGCGGAUUAUCCCACCAUAGAGUACUAUCUAUAGGAGGUAUUUUAUGUUUCAUUCAUGGACUCUUUGUAGUUGCCUAUUAUGUGUCUGCCAAAGCUGCAGAAAAAGAGAACAGGCCAACUCCACAGACAGCCGCCCCUGCUUGAUCAAGUCUAACUCACUUUUCCCUUUUUGUCAUUUUUUUUCCUUCUGAUUUUACAGAUUUGUAAUUCUACAUUACAAUUGAAUUAUGUAUGAAGUUCACAUUGGUGCAAGAUAGGUUGUUUUACUUCUUUGUAAUUCCUGAACUAAUGCAUUUUACACAAAAGAAUCCAUCAGGAUUCAGGACUAAUGACUGAAUUGAACUGAAAUUUGGCCCAUUUUCCUUUUCUUGUUAAAGAAUGAGUUCUUUAUGUAAGGGGCUGAGAAAGUUAUGGGCUUUGGAAUGAACCUGCCCAAAUUGAAAACCUAGAGAUGCCACUCCACCAAAAUCUAACUACGUUU